AAAAACUUAAAAAUCAAAUUUCUAUAGAGAAAUAUUUAUUUCAAUUAUUAAAAGUUCAAAAAAAGAAAGAACUGGAAAAACAGAAACCAUCUUUUGAUUUUGAAUUGGAAGAAUCUGAUAUUCAUUUUUAA